CUCUGCUCCGACUUUCGGUGCUGACUGCGAUGGCCCAGAUUGAGAAGAAGAUGCGCCACAGGAGCCUGUCCUCCGAAGCGGUGCAGAAGUUGCUCAGUGAGUCUUUGAACGCCCUGGUGGAAGCUCCCAAUCGGGCUUUGAAACGACGCGUGCGACAGCGCUUGCACAAGAAGCUGGGAUGCAUGUUGGGGCAAAAUGACUUUGAGGAGGCUAUGAAUCGAUUCAAACGAAUGGAGGAAGGAGUUGCUAAAGCGAAUGCUCCCCAGACUCCACUUGACCAGGUACCAUCUCAAUUUGUCCAGCCUCUUGGAAUCUCCUUGCCUCUCUUGGUACCAGUCCUUGUGCCGUGGACCCCGGGACCCCUUCAAGGGCCCGGCUGCUUCGGCGAGUGCCCGUCUUCUUUCGAACGCGGCGAGUGUCGCGACGGCGCAUCGACCACCAUGGAGGAGGACGAAUUACAAAGUCUCAGUGAUCGCAGCACUGAAUGGAAGCGAACCAUGUCGGAGCUCUCAGAAACCCUGCUUCCAACGCCGCCACUUCCUGUUUCCAACACCUUCAUUCAGUAUGAGCUUCCGAGACCAGGCUCAAUGCGCAGGUCUCGCUCGCUGCCAUGAAAGGGGCAGUUGAAGUACAAGUCAUGGUGGUUUCGGGAUCUUUUGACAUGCUUCGGCGCUUACAGUCACCGACAGAAUUAUGGAAAAAAAAAC